GGCCCUGUAUGGGAGCCGGGGAUUUUUUUUUGGACAAUCUUUCCUGAAUAGAAUCUCUUAUUGUAGCAGACUGACCCAUCCAUUCUCAGUUAUUACAAAGAACUAAAGGAUGUCUUCCUCCAUCUGUUGCUGGGAGGCUGCAGCUCGUGCCCUCUUCCAGGACUGCUGAGUGGAUCCUCCUGCUAAGGACCUGUGACAUUUGUUUGAGCACAUCAAGGAGAUAUCAGGACAUGCAAGCAUUUUAUUCCUGGUGCUGAUAAUUUAAAAAUAUUUGAUUAAAAUAUUCGCAGACUCCAAGCAACAGGGUCUUCAUAAAGCUGAAACCAGGACUGGCAACUCCUGAUGCAGUAACCAGCACAUUAUUUUCAUCGCAGAACUGGCUGAAGUUUAUACACUGUGACCAUUCUUCUCCUUAUCACAGGACUGGGCCAAACUUUCUCACAAUGAAAAAGAGCAGCAGUGUCCUAGCUGUGAAUGCAGAAGAUAAAAAUAAGGAGACUUUGGAUGUUGGGCGGUGCAGUCGAUCGUACACCUCCAGCAGCACGCUGGGAGUGGAUCCACGUCGAGGUCGCCGCACCUUCUCUGGCACCUUGCAGGUACCACAGUGGAGAACAAGGUCCAGAUCACCAGAGAUAGACAGAUUCCAGAGGCCAACCACUCUGCCUCUACUCAUCCCUCCACGCAUAGCUAUUACACAGGCAGACCAGGAGGAGGCCAGUUUUGACGUUGAGAAUGGACCAUCUCCAGGUCGGAGUCCACUGGACUCGCAGGCGAGUCCGGGACUGGUGCUACAUCCAACAUUCCCUCAGAGCCAGCGUCGGGAGUCAUUUCUUUAUCGGUCUGACAGCGAUUACGAUAUGUCACCCAAAACAAUGUCCCGAAAUUCCUCCGUGACAAGUGAAGUACAUACUGAGGACCUCAUUGUCACUCCUUUUGCUCAGAUCCUGGCGAGUUUGCGCAGUGUGAGGAACAACUUCACUGUUCUGGCCAACACCCAAGGACCCCCAAAUAAGAGGUCACCAGCAGGACCACAGCCUGCACUGUGCACCCUGUCAGAUGAAACUUACCAGCAACUGGCAAAGGAAACCCUGGAGGAGCUGGAUUGGUGUUUAGACCAACUAGAGACAAUCCAGACCUACCGCUCCGUCAGUGAGAUGGCCUCUAACAAGGUAAGCAAGUGGGAGCAGGAUGUGAUUCAUGACAUUAUGGGAACAGUUUGUGAGAUGCUGCUUAUUGCAGUUGUACUGAUACAGCAGGAAACACAAGCAGACCCAUCCCAAGACCUAUUCUGCUUCAGAUUCCACAAGAAUUCGGCAGUGAAUUGUACCUGGAAUCCAAGUGAUGUUACCCCAACAAACUACACCUUCUAUUUUCAGGAGAAGGGCAGGUGGAGGCCCCAAGACCUGGGCCAUGCAUCCCUCAAACAAGAACCCAUGGGUCACCUGAAAGGUGGCCCUCUCACUUUCAAUCCUGACAGCAGCAGCUUCUCUCCCGUCCUUCCUUUUCCAAUUCACACUGUUGCACAGACCCAUGCAGAGUCCCCCACUGGAUUCACUGGAGCCAGCGGGAAUCUCUGUGCUGCUACUGGUGAGGAAGAUGUCACUGUAGAGAUGGACCAAAAUAUCACCUAA